CCCCGGUCUCGCCGCAGGAAACCGGCUGGCGGCCGCGGACCGGCGCCGGGGGAGGCGAGGGGUUAACCGGGGUGGGGGCAUCCCGGGCCGAGAGGUGUGAAUUCCGCACCCCCACCCCCCCCCUUUCCUCCUUCCGCAUCCAUCCUCCCAGCCCACUCCCACCCCCCCGCCGCUAUAAGAGCGCUCGGCUCUGGCUGGGGGGAGCCACUGCGGCGACUCCUCCUCGCUGGAAGCCCCAAACGCUUUUGGCUGCCCUUUGAAGUCAGAAGAGGAGGUAGGGAGGGAGCGUCUGAGGCUGCUGCUGCUCCGAGCUGCCGCCGCCGCCUCCGCUACCUCCCGCUCUCGGAGCAUCCUUCUCCGUUCCACAGCCCGACCCCACCGCCUCCAGCACGCAGCUCUGCCCGAGUCUGGGAUAAACCCCGAGCGAGCUCUGUUACUGGCUUGGAGUCAGGAGUGUCUGGAUGCCUUAAUGAAAACCAAGUGCAAGGAUGAAGACAUCUAAGUGGAGGUGGAGCAGCAUCUCCAUCAGGGCACGAUCCCAGCUGAAGGGCACCCUGGCUCUGCUCCUCGUGGGCAACGUUGCCUUUGUGAUGGCUCAGCAGGACCUGACACAGACCUCCAACAGCCUGGAGGAAGGGGCAGAUGUGACUGCAUACUGGUGGGGAGAGUGGACCAAGUGGACAGCCUGUACCAGGACCUGUGGAGGAGGAGUCAAGUCCCAAGAGAGGCACUGCCUGCGGCAGAGAAGGAAGUCAGUGAGUGGGCUGGCUAAUAAAACUUGCACUGGAACAUCCAAAAGAUACCAGCUCUGCAAAGUCCAAGAGUGCCCUGCCAACGGAAGGAGCUUUCGCGAGGAGCAGUGCUCAUCCUUCAACUCCCACGUCUACAACGGCAGGACCUAUCAAUGGAAACCUUUAUACCCUGAUGACUAUGUUCACAUUUCUAGCAAGCCCUGUGACCUCCAUUGCACCACGGUGGAUGGUCAGAGACAGUUAAUGGUUCAGGCUCGGGAUGGAACAUCCUGCAAAUACACUGAUUUCCGAGGGGUUUGCGUGUCUGGAAAAUGUGAGCCCAUCGGCUGCGACGGAGUCCUCUUCUCCACCCACACCCUGGAUAAGUGCGGAGUGUGCCGGGGGGACGGCAGCAGCUGCACGCACGUCACCGGCAGCUACCGCAGAGGCAACUCUCACCUGGGCUAUUCCCUGGUAACUCACAUUCCUGCUGGAGCAAGGGACAUCCAGAUAGUGGAACGCAAGAAGUCUGCAGACGUCCUGGCUGUGGCUGAUGAAGCUGGCUACUAUUUCUUCAAUGGGAACUACAAGGUGGACAGCCCCAAGAACUUCAACAUUGCAGGCACAGUGUUCAAGUACCGCAGGCCCAUGGAUGUCUAUGAGACAGGCAUAGAGUACAUCGUGGCCCAAGGGCCAACCAACCAAGGCUUGAACAUCAUGGUCUGGAAUCAAAAUGGCAAGAACCCCUCCAUCACCUUUGAGUACACCCUGCUGAGGAAGCCACACUCCCAAAGCCUGCAGCCCAUCUACUACACCUUCUCCGAGUCGGAGAGCGAAGAAAGCAGAGAGUUCGGCGCAGAUGUGCCCUUGGGGUUCAUCCAGCACAAUGCCACCUACUUUGGGAAGCUCUCCAGGGAAAGGCUGGACUUGGAGAACCAAGUGUUUGGAAGGCAGGACACCGAGGAAGAGUUAAACCUGAGCAAAGGUCAGGAAACCAAUGAGGUCUAUGAAAGAGCAGAAACAAUUGACUGUGAGCCAAAACUGAAGGGCAAACCCCCCCAAGAUUCAAACGUUACCAGGUCGACUCACCAGACAGACCACGAGGAGAGAGGCCUCGACCCCAGGCUGACCUCCAGGGAGUUCCUCCUGGAGAAUGCCAUCACGGACAAGCUGCUGGAGAAGACUUCGGACUCCAAGGAGCUGGUGCUCAACAUGACCAUGAACAGCAUUUUUGCCCAGGGAGACCCAAUCAACUCUGUGGGGCCACACAUUGACAGCCUCUAUGUUGACUACGAGGACACUGAUGGGGUGGUGACCUACACCAUCAAUAGCACUUACCUGGAGCUGAGCAACAGCAAAGCCAGCAACAGCUCUGCAGAGACGCCGUUCCCCAACGCCACCGUCACCAUCAGCAGCCCCCAGGGGAACAGAACCCACAAAGCAAGAAACAGACUGAAGUUGUUAAGAAAGGGCCAAGGUGUGAGUGCUGCUGACAUGUACAGGUGGAAGCUUUCCUCCCACGAACCCUGCAGCUCUACAUGCACCACAGGAGUGAUGUCCACAUAUGCGAUGUGUGUUCGCUAUGAUGGGAUCGAGGUGGACGAUACGUACUGUGAUGCCAUGACCCGUCCCGAGCCCAUCCAUGAGUUCUGUGCUGGGAGAGAGUGCCAGCCAAGGUGGGAGACCAGCAGCUGGAGCGAGUGCUCUCGGACGUGCGGGGAGGGCUACCAGUUCCGCAUCGUGCGCUGCUGGAAGAUGAUCUCGCCAGGCUUCGACAGCUCCGUCUACAGCGACCUCUGCGAGUCUGCCGACAUCGCCCGGCCCGACGAGCGCAAGGUCUGCAAGAACCCCGCCUGUGGCCCCCAGUGGGAGAUGUCAGAGUGGUCAGAGUGCUCAGCGCGGUGCGGCGAGCGGAGCGUGGUGACGAGGGACAUCCGCUGCUCGGAGGAGGAGAAGCUGUGCGACGCCAGCGCCCGGCCCCUGGCCGAGAAGAACUGCACAGGGCCCCCCUGCGACCGCCAGUGGACAGUCUCCGACUGGGGCCCGUGCAGCGGCGGCUGCGGGCAGGGCAGGAUGAUCAGACACGUUUACUGCAAGACCAGCGACGGGAGAGUGGUGCCCGAGUCCCAGUGCCACCUGGAGAGCAAGCCCUUGGCCAUCCACCCCUGCGGGGACAAGAACUGCCCCUCGCACUGGCUGGCACAGGACUGGGAGAGGUGCAACACGACCUGUGGCCGGGGGGUGAAGAAGAGGAUUGUGCUCUGCCUGGAGAUCGUCAACGGCAAGAUCAAGACUCGCAGCCCUGCCGACUGCGACGCUGCCAAGAAGCCCCUAGAGGAGACAACCUGCUUCGAGAGGCCCUGCUUCAAGUGGUACACCACCCCCUGGUCAGAGUGCACAAAAACCUGUGGCAUCGGCGUGAGGAUGAGGGAUGUGAAGUGCUACCAAGGCAAGGACAUCGUCCGGGGCUGUGACCCCCUGGUGAAGCCUGUGGGCAAACAAACCUGUGACCUUCAGCCCUGCCCCACUGAGCCCCCAGAUGACAGCUGCCAAGACCAGGCAGGAACCAACUGUGCUUUGGCCAUCAAAGUCAACUUGUGCAGCCACUGGUACUACAGCAAAGCCUGCUGCCGCUCCUGCCGUGCGCCCCACUCCUAGGGCACCCCUGGGCUGCACCUCCCCUAGCCUGGGCUCCUUCUGCCAUCCAGUGAGCACCACACAUCCCCCAGACUCAGCUUCAGGGUGUUCUGGGCUUGGCUUUUGGUUUGGUUUUGAGUUUGUUCCCACCCAUGCAGAACUGCUCUCCUUGCCCCUUCUCUGGUGCAGAGGAAGGCUGCUGGCUGGUCCUGCUGCACCCCAUGACUGGAGGUGCAGAGUUCCCCAACCCCCUCCAAGCCUGCAGCCACACACAUGUGGUUCACAAGGUCUUCUCCUUCGUUUGUCUCCUCUGCUCUGGUGAGACUUCACCUGGAGUUGUGUGUCUGGCUUUGGAACCUCCAACACAGGGAUGUGAACCUGCUGGAAGAGGCCAUGAAGAUGAUCAGAGGGCUGGAGAACCUCUCCUCCGAGGACAGGUGGGAGAGUUGGGGUUGCUCAGCCUGGAGAAAAGGCCUUGGAGCUGCAUUUCACUGUCUGAAGGGGAUCCACAGGAAGGCUGGAGAGAGGCUGUCCAGAAGGGCUUGUGGUGAUAGGAUGAGGGGCAACAGUUUGGAACUGGAGCAGAGUUAGGUUGGGCAGCAGGAGGAAGCUCUGCACAGUGAGGGUGGUAAAACGCUGGCACAGCUUGGGGGGGGAUAUGUGAGACCCCAUUCCUGCAGGCAUUCAAGCUGCAGGCAGCCCUGAGCAACCUGCUGUGCUUGGGGCUGUCCCUGCUGCCUGCAGGAGGGCUGCACAGGAUGACUUUUGAGGGUCAUGUCCCCACCCCCCCACCCCCAGCCUGAUGCCUUCUGUGACCCUAUGAAGGUCUGAGCAUCAAGCCCAAGCCUCCCUUCACCAGGGGGAUGUGUGUGUGUGUAGGGGGGAGAUGGUUGGGUUGAUGCCUCCUGCUUUCUUCCCAAGCCCUGAGCUGCUCUCCUUAGCUGCCUUGAGCAGGGUGGGGAGCUGAUUUCUUCCUCUUUGCUGAAUGAUCUCAAAGCCUGAGCCCUUCCUGUGUAAUAUGUAGGUGUACACUUUCUCAGAGGGUUUUAUCUUAACCAAGUGGUAGCUCCAUAAUCCUCACCCCCCUUCCCCUUCCUACCCUCCCCCCCAUAAUGCUGACAUCUUGUAUAUAAUAUGGAACCAUAACUGCACUUUAUAUCACCAGAAAUGCUCUUCUUUUUGGGGGGGGGGGUGUUGGGUUGGUUUGGGUUUUAAUAUAUUUGUUGACAGACAGUGAAGUUUAUCCACAUUACUCAGUCAAUUUGUACUCCUCCUGGCCAUUGUAAUAAAGUUGUCAUAUUUAUGGUGGUUA